GAAGGAAGGAUGCUUCUGCCAUCAUCGCUGUCACCUUGUGCAGCAGGACAGAAAGAGACAUCUGCCGGAUAGCCGGACAAAAUCCCGUCCCAUGGAUUCUCUCAAGAUACUCACAACCCUUACAAUGGUCUUUUGGCUUCCGAGUGGAUGCUACACCAAUUCUGAAGGAUCCUGGUGUUAUACGGAACGACACUGUGGUCCUAGAACCUGGAUAUCUCAUGGUCAUUGCAACGGCAAGAGACAGUCACCCAUCAACAUUAUUCACAAAGAUGCUAUCCAUAACCCCAGUCUGGGUCCUCUGGAUCUUGUUGGUUAUGACAACUGCAAAAAGCUGCUAAAAAUCAAGAAUACUGGGAAAACAGUUGACGUAUCCCUGGAAGACGGUCUUCAUCUUGCUGGUUUUGGCCUUCCCACCCGCUAUACAGCCAAAUCCUUUCACCUUCACUGGGGAGAUGGUGCCACGCGACCAGGUUCGGAGCAUCAGAUUAAUGGCAAACCAUACUCAAUGGAGUUGCACAUCGUACAUACCAGAAACAACCUGAGCAUCCCAAAUGCUGUGAAGAAUUCAAAGGGCAUCGCAGUGCUGGCAUUUUUUAUCCAGAAAUCUAAGAAUGCUGAGAGCAAAACUGCAGAGGCGUGGGAAUUGUUUGCCGAGAACCUCAAAAAUAUUUCCGAAAAAGGUGAAGAUAUGCUUCUUAACUGCUCUUUUUCUCUGAUGGAUUUGAUGGGUUCCAGUAACUUCAGCCAUUAUUACCGCUACCUUGGAUCCCUCACCACCCCUAGCUGUGAUGAGGCUGUGAUAUGGACCGUCUUUGCAGACCCCAUCCUGGUGUCUCCUGAAGUGGUCAGGAAAUUUGCUUCAAAUCUCUCGUCUACGGAGUCUUCAAAGGGACCCCGGCUAAUGAACAACUUCCGUCCCAUACAGAAGAUUGGAGAGCGCAAAGUGGAGGUAUCUGAUGCUUUGAAGUCUGCAGCUACCAUUUUUGUUUCUCCUCCAACUGUAUUCAUCCUCUUCCUGUCUAUCGCCACCUUUCAACCAUUCUUCUCCAUGUAAGGGAAGAUAGCAGAAGCGAAUCAUGCGGACUUGCAGUUCCCGUGUGGUUACAGCUAGCUACCGCCUUUGUGCCCUCCACAUGCUCCAUUUUACCAUCUCCUUGCCCUCAACCCGCUUAUUCAGGGCAGAAAUCCAGGAAAAUCAAGUUUGAAAGUUGGAAGGUGGCUGAGGAUCAAAUAAUUUCGGUUGGCAAGGUCCAGGAAAAGAGGCUUUUCUGUUCCAUAAAUCCCUGCCUUAUGGAAUAUUCUCCCCCUUUGGAAGAAUGGUCCAUUCUGCCACUUGACUUGGGGCCAAGACAGGGUCCUACUACUUAUUUAUUGGGAGUGACUAGCUGGCUAGAGAAGAUCUUCACCCCCAGGUCACCCACCAUCUUGGUUGUUUAGCUUUGUAUUUAAUUCUCCUAAUUUUAAUUGCUUUGUAUUGCC